AGUAGGCAGCGCGCCGCCCGCCCGUGCUCACGUCGCCAUGGCUGUCGCCGAGCCCCAGGGGCUCUUCGUCAAGUUCUACGUGGCGACUGUGAGCACGGUGCCGCGCGCGCGCCCCCUGUCGGCGCCCCGCAGCCGCAGCAUGGACCGCGCCGUCGAGAUGGCGGCGCUCAGCCAGCCGGUGCCGCCGCGCCACCGCCGGCCCUCGGACGAGCUGCUGCCCGACACCAAGAAGGACGCAGCCGCCAGCGGCGGCGGCUCCGGCAAGCGCUGGUCCCUGGGCGGCCUCUUCCGCCGCCGCCGCAAGAAGUCGGACGCCCCGGACACGCCCCCCGACACCAGCUCCGACGACGAGGACGCGCGCGGCGGCUUCCUUUCGCGUCGGCGCUCUCGCCGUGACUCCAAGCACGGCUCCACGAAGAAAAAGCUCGUUGGCACGUUCGACCACGUCGUCGUCAACCCUCUGGCGAGGCCGCCGCACCCGCCACAGGCGCAGCCGCAGUCGCAGCAGCAGCAGCAGCAGCACAAACAGGACCAGCGGCAGCAGGACGAGCAGCACGAGCGCGAAAACGAGCGAGAGCCGCAGCAGCAAGCGCCGGCCGUGUCUCCUACGCUAACGCCGCAAGACGUUAACGGCAACGCGUCCCCGCGUCUCGGCGACUCCCUGUCGUCACGGUCCUCGAGCAAAGACUGGCAGCCGCCACAGCAGCUGCAAACGCAGCAGCACCGCAGACAGGAGUCUAGUGGGUCGGGCUCCGUGGAAGGAGGCGGCGGCGGAGGAGGAGGAGGAGGAACGGCGACUACCACGCGCCGCGGCCGGCGCGACCUAGUGAAAGCGCGGGUGGAGGCGAGCAGACUUCGCGCGUCCGCUGCCGACUCCAGCUCGGACGAGGCCGGCCCGGAGCUGCAGCAGCAGCGGCCGCCGCGUUCCAGUGACGACAGCCUGUCCCUGAGCAAACGGUCGCGCAGCGCGCGCACCGAGCGCUACAUCCGCCGGCUGGAGGCCGGUCGCUGGCAGCAGCACCAGCUGGAGUCGCCGGCCGUUUCUGCGACGCCCAGCCCCGCGCACAGCCCGUUGGUGCGACCCAAGCUGCUCAAACCCGUCACGCCGCCCGCCGACGCGGCGACCUUCCCGCCGAGUGGCGCACUGUCCGGCGGUGGCAUCAAGGCGUCUCUGCUGCUCCCGCCGGGACGCGGCCCGGUCGGCGGUUCGGCCAGGGUGCUGCGCGGACCUUCGCCCGUCCGCACGUCUGCGGAGUCGUUGCUGCUCGCCCAGCACCACUCCGCAGCCGGCGGCACCUCCAGGCCGGCGUGGCACCACGCCGUGCAGACCGGCAGUCACGACAACAUCUACGGCCGCGCCGCCGCCUACCACCAGCAGCCGCAGCCGCAGCAGCGCAGCCAGUCCUUCGACAGCAACAUCCACCGCGCGACGGCACCGUCGCACGGUCACCAGUUGACUACGCAGCUGAGCGCGCCGACUACUGUGACGGGUGCCGACGACGUUAUGGUCGUUCAGUUUCCCAUCGCGAGACCUACCGGACUGUUACCCGCGCGCUCCAGUUCCGUCGGCAACCAUCACCACCACCCCGGACACCAUCACCAGCAGCAGCACCAACACCAGCACGCCGGACAGUCGUCUGCUUUCCCGACAGCCAAACAGGGGCCGCCACCUCCACCUCCUCGCGAUCCGCAGAGGAAACUGCCGACCGGCCCGAGUGGGCAGCCGGACGUGCCGCGGCCUAUGUCCUACGCGUUUGAGAGUGGGACGGACUACGCGCCACACGAGAGAUUCAGACAGUACUUCCAACCGGCCCAACACGGCUCCAAUUUGCAAUCUUUGGGCACUGUGUGGGUGGGCGGUGGUGGCUACCAGAGAAGGUCCGGCUCUGACAACCAAAUUGCAGUCUCGUAUCCACCACCACAGCAGCAGAGGUUGCAGAGCUUUACUCCUACACCGACGUCGAGACCGCGGCCCAACUCUGUGACACCAGACGGCAACGGAGCUCCCGGAGUACUGAGACCUUUGCCGUCUCCUCAGAAUGUCGGCCACAGAAUGGUACCUCGCACACCCACAGAACAGUGCACUGCCACCUCGAGACACGUAGCACCUCAGCAGUCUCACCAACAAGUACAGUAUUUUGCCGACCAGUACCCACGGAGUCGCAGGCCUAUUCACGUACAGUACAACGGCUCGAGUGGCAGUUACGAACAGCCGUACCUCAGUGAUUCUCAGGUUAUUACGAUGCCCACCAGUAAGCAGCAGCUGCCCGAACCUCGUCGUCAUCCCGCUAUUGUCAAUGCGACAGACUUCUGGCGCCAGAAGGAGCAAGAGGCAGCUACUGGAAGACAACAGAAACUGGCAUCUGCUUCUGCAAAACCACCUUUGCAACAUUCGGCUUCGUCGUCUGCUGCCAGGAGUGACCGGUCCAGGUCAAAUAGCCCACAUCACAAGGAGAGGACGACGCCGGACAAGUCUUUCAAGCUCAGAGUGCCAAGUGCAUCGUUCCCUUCACGUAGCACGGAGUCUGUCAGUUCCCUCAGUGGCCAGUCAGAUCUCGCCAGUCCUGUGCAGCCAGCCAAGAUUUUCACCAAUGGUCCAGUUAAAGACAGUUUGGAAAGUCCCAACGGGACAGAUGGGCAUGAGAAGAAGGAUACAUCCCCAUCAAACAACUUUCGGCCACUGUCCAUGGUGCUGGAAAACAGCGAGAAUCAAGACCGCAGUGGGUCAUCUCAAGGUAGAGAUGCCAGUGUACAGAAAAAUCAGACGAAACCUAAUCCUCCUGCUCCACCACAGAGACGUUUCUCGAGACAGAGUUCCACAUCGAGCAUUGAAGCUUCAGAAUGGAUGGGUCCUGAAGAUGCCCAGGACACGAAUUCACAGAAAAAGAGGAGAUCGACCAAUCUGGAGGACGCCCUUUCAGAACUGGAGGCAAUCUACAACAGUCUGCGCCUGGGAGACGACGACCUGUUAGACCGCGCAGAGAGGCGUGAUGCCGCUGUGGCACGUCAGCAGCAGCUGCAACGACAGCAGCGAUGCCAACAGAAUGGCGAUGCACCCAUCUCCGUGGCCACACCGUGGGGUCGUGGAGCAGAAUCAGACUCCGGCUACAAUUACGGCCACGACUCCGCGUACGGGGAUAACGAGUUCGGUGGCGGCAGGCAGCGGCGAAGAGCACCAGGGCCCCGCAAGUCCGGUGUGCCCGACAUCGUGACGGACGACAUGGCGUACCGCAGGCUGAACCCCAAGGAACAGCGCAGCAGCGCCACUGCAUCACCGCAAGACUUCAGCAGCUACAUUCAAGCCACUCCAGCUCUAGCCGGGGUGACAGACCUCCCUCCUGCCGGCGGACGCCCAGACACGACACUGGACGACGUCGUCUUCCGCAACAUCCGCCACACUAACAACACUCUGCGUGUCGUCGAACCGCAGCCACCGUUCGGCAUACCGUUGGGACCCGUAACACCGGCUCCGAACAGUGACUACUUACACGCCACACCUUCCGAGACUGCUCCACCUACUGGCUAUAGACCUGCUUCGAAAUCCAAGAAGAUACCUGAUGUGGUCAAAGACGACCUCGCUUACCGAAAUUUGAGGAAGGAUUCGCACAAGGAUGCUGCAGGGCUCCCAUCGAAUGAUACGAAAAACGAGAAGAAAAAGCGCGCCGUUAGAUCUCUCUCUGCUAACCUUAUGGGGUUGGUGAACAGAGACGCACUGCUCCGCGUACCUUCGGCUCCAAACGAUCGAGAUUUCGAGAAGGCACAGAGUCUCUCCGACCUAUCGGACCCACUGCAGACGGCCCAAAAAUCUGCCGAGAGAAGAAACCCCGCAGUGGUCGCAGGCUCUAAAAUGCGGAAUGCCGCUUCGCCAGUGAAUAAGCAGCAGAGUGAUCCCGGUAGCGACGGCAGACGCAACAGCCUCUCAGUGCAGCAGUGUGACCACCACGACCGACACCACCGCCACCACCAACGAUACAACUCCGCAAGUUGGGUGGAGCGCGCGAUGCUCGACGUUACUUCCACGGCCGCAGGUGCGAGUACCAGCACCGAGACACUGACGGACAGCCGGGUGAACCUGGAAGACGCGGCAGCGAGACGGCGCAGCUGGCAACAGCGUCUCAGGGUGUUCGUCCCCGCGAGCGGCAGUGCCGAACAGUCGACGAAACAGAGCCCGUCUCCGCAAGAUAUUAGUGGCGGGAGGCUCCCGUUCGGCAAGCCACCUCCGUACACGCCACCGCCCCCGGCGACCGAGGGGAAACGCCACGCCGGAGCCCCGGUCGACGAGAACAACCUGGAGGACCUGCUGAGCGCACUGGCCCACGAGGCGCGGGCGACGAGUGAGAAGUUGGACCGCGAGCUGAAGCAGCUGGGCGACUCCGCAACCAACCUGAAGCUGGCGGCGCCACCGCCUCUGCAGUCGCCCAAAGCGGUGGCGAGCCUCGCCGUCAAGGAGCGACGGUCGACUCCGGCGCAGUCCGGCAGCUCGCAGAGGUCUCCCUCGGGCGGGCUCGACGAUAGUGCCGGGGUCGGUUCCACUCCGGCAGACCACAGCCUGCUGCACAACAUCCUAUCGCGACACGAAGCCGAAGAGCAUCGCGGGAGCCGCGGCGCCGAGCGCGCGACGGAGACGGCGACGGUGGAGCUGCGGCUACCGCCGGAGGAGAGCUGCGAGAUCCGCAACCUGUCGUGCGACGGCAGCGUGCUCAUCUCGGAGAUCGUCCGGCAGGGGCGGCGGCGGCAGCGGCGGCGCUGCGUCGAGAAGGACGACAGCGACGACGACGAAGACAGUGGUCGGGACCAGCUGGUGCCGGACGUGGCGGGGGCGGGCGCCAGCGACGAGGAGGCGGACCUGGAGGUGGCGCGUGCCACGGCGGCGGCCGAGGCAGCGGCGUCACCUCUCAGCAGCUUGCAGACCGAGUCCCGCGCCGCCGUUCUUCUUGAGCGAGAUUUCUCGUCGACCACUUUCCCUCCUUCUCGGCAUACACAGGAAACUGCGCUUCUUGCAGGUAGUGUGUGAACAUAAGUGUAACUGAUUCUGAAGACCACCUUCUGAGGUCACAGCACGAUGUAAAUAUAUGUUCUGCAAAUAAACAGGAGUUUUGGAA